AUGUCCGUGGCGCAGGCCGUGUGUCUACCACUUGCAGCUCACGACCCUGAGACUCGGAUUAAGUUACAGACUGGAGACCGCCGUUUAAACAUCUCCAACAUUCAGUGCUACCCCAGCUACAGACGCAAAGCUGGAGAUUCUUGUAUUUUGGGCAGAGCAGCACUUAUGUCGGCCCUCGUGAGAGCUGUGGGCAGUGGGCAGACGCAGGAGGUGAUGCGGGGUGGCAGGCCUCCCGAUCACAUAUCACAGGAGCGGGGUGUUGUUGAUCCUCGCCGCUUGUCUUCGGGACGUAUUUCUGAGCCCACUUUUGGCUUUUAG